AUGGUCUCUAUACUUCUACUUCUCACAAUUAGCCUUGUUGGGUUAUAUCUCGUUCGAUCUCUCCUCAGCAAAAAACAAUCUCUGGGAACUUUACCACCAGGUCCUCCCCGAAAACCAAUAAUCGGCAAUCUAACGGACCUGCCAUCCCACGAUGUGCGUGAUUGGGAAUACUGGCUGAAGCACAAAGACCUCUAUGGUCCGAUCAGCUCAUUGAGUAUCUUCGGCGACAAUAUCGUCAUCCUCAAUGACGCCCGCUUCGCACGGGAAAUCCUCGAAAAGCGCUCGUCUGUCUGGUCCUCCAGGCCUAGUUGGAACUUCGGUAAAAUGGCUGGUUGGGGUCAGAUUCUAGGCACCUUGGAAUACUCCGACCCUUCGUUUAAGGACAUGCGGAAAGCCCUAGGCUAUGAGAUUGGGUCGAAGGCGGCUGUGUCUCGAUUCAACGCGGUGCAGGAUCUUGAGGUUCGUCGGUUUCUAUUUCGUGUCCUGGAGGAUCCGGACAACCUCCUUCACCAUAUACGCAAAGAAGCCGGUGCUAUCGUUUUAAAAGUCGCAUAUGGCUAUACGAUUGAGCCACAUGGGCAUGACCCCCUCGUUGACCUCGCGGAUGAGGCUAUGGCUACUUUCGGGCUGGCAAUUCUUCCUGGGACGUGGGCGGUGGAUUUCAUUCCCAUCUUGAAACAUAUACCUACAUGGUUUCCGGGGGCUCAGUUUGCACGAAUGGCCAAGCAGUUCCGAAAGAGUGUUGCGGCUUUCAGUGAUGUGCCCUAUGCAUUUGCGAAACACAAACUGGCUCAGCAAGACUUCGAGCCCUCUUUUCUGGCCGGGUUACUCCAGAAGAAUGAGUACCAGCCUGGACACGGGUCGUAUGAAGAAACAGUAAUAAAGUGGGCAGCUGCGUCCUUCUAUGGAGGGGGAUCUGAUACGACUGUAUCCACCAUGUCGAGUUUCUUCCUUGUGAUGGCGCUCUUCCCUGAGGCGCAACGGAAGGCGCAAGCGGAAAUUGAUCGUGUUGUAGGGCCAGACCGUCUACCUAGCUUCCAAGAUCGCGAGAAUCUCCCGUAUAUUGAUGCCAUGGUCAAAGAAAUCUUGCGGUGGCAUCCGGUUCUCCCAAUGGGUACCGCGCACACUUCCGUUCAGGACGAUAGCUAUGAAGGGUAUACAUUUCCCAAAGGAACUCUCAUGGUCCCGAAUGUCUGGGCUUUUACGCACGACCCCAAUACCUACCCAGAUCCUCACGCCUUUAAGCCAGAACGCUUCCUAAGAUAUGAAGGACACGACCCGGAGGCCAAUCCGUACUACUUCGUCUUCGGGUUCGGCCGCCGUGUGUGUCCAGGCCGCACACUAGCCGAUGCGAACCUGUAUAUCUCCAUUGCUCAAUCAGUGGCGGCCUUUACCAUCACUAAGCCGAUUCAAGAUGGCAAGGAGGUCGAUCUACGGGCCGAAUAUCAAGCGGGUGCGAUCAGUCACCCGAUGUCAUACAAGGUUACUAUCACGCCGCGUAGCCCGCGGUAUGAGGAGCUUAUUCGGGCAGUGGAGACGGAGCAUCCGUGGGAAACGAGCCAUGCCGAGGAACUUAAGGAUCUGAGUCGGUAAUGCUUGACGUGGGUAUUUGAGUUCUUUGAAAGAAUAAAGAGUUUUUCUUUGGCUUCUCGUUUCUCAUCCUGGAGGUAUGGGGAAGACGGUGUCGUUCAUGGCUGUCCUUCGGGAACGAUAUAUUGUCCACAGUGUCUCCACUCAAAGACGGAUGGUGUUCCAUGGUACUAGAGGACAUACCACAAUCGCAGCCGGUGGCUUGGUAGAUUAUUUGAGCUACGGAAUGAGUAUGUAUCCAGGGUCGAGGAACAAGAAAGGGCCUAGAUGCGGCCACCGGAAGACAUACUUUGGCGCAACCCAACCCAGCAAAAGAAGCGUAGCGACAUUCAGAAAGAAUCCUCCAGAGACGGAGGGAAAAGCUAUUGGUGAAAAAAAAGAUGGAGAUGCGGGGAAUUGAACCCCGGACCUUUCACAUGCUAAGCGAACAUUAUACCACUAAACCACAUCCCCAAUUCGAUAUAAGAGGCUUCAUUAAAGUGUUAUAUGAGGCAUGGUCAACAGUUAGGUCAAUUCCGAACCCGCAGACCUGCGCAUUCCAGCCAGAUUCCAAGAAUGCGGUCAACAUCCAGAGUUCAGCUAAUGCGGCGACCCACGUGGACAGGGAGAUCAUCUUGUUGAGACAUUUGUUCCAGACCGUCCAGUGAGGUAUGUGGCGUGAU